CCGGGCGGCCGGGGGUCUCCGCGGCGAGCCGGGGCUUGCUGGCCCGCUGCUCCUGCCGCUCCUGGGAGCGUCCGAGCUCGGGUUGAUCCUCGCCCCUCCGCAGGUCCCUGCAUUAUGGGAGCGAGGGUCUGCCACGCUUCAGGCUCAGGCCCACACUGAGCAGGCUUCGUGCUGGUAGUUAGCCGAGCCUGUGUGGGAGCUGUUGGCAGCAGAGUAUGCCUUUUACACCCGAGUCUCCCUGCCUGCCGCUUUAUUCUCUCAGUAGCCUCUGCUGUUUUCUGCCCCCUGGAAUCCAUCAGCAUGCCUGUAGCCUGUAGGUGAGGUCUGCAUUAAAGGAACAGUCUGCUGCACCUGCACUUUGUAUUAGGCCUCCAUUCAUCUGAAAGAGUGGGGAAUAGAGUCUUGGCAAAGGGAUGACCUUAAGAAAUGGAGAGAGAACAUUGUGGCCUUCAAGUGAGUGAUUAGUUGGCUUGAGGUGAAAGCGAGUGUUGUAGGUGAAACAGGCCAAGGUGUAGGAUACCCUAGUAGCAGGAAGUGGAAGGUGUGAUUGAAACGCAAUCCCUUAUCCAUUCUACUCAAACAUGGCAAGGCGUUCUUUUAGGUCUGGAAAUAAAGCAGGGCAAGUCUGGGCCCCUGAAGGAUCCACUGCUUUCAAGUGUCUGCUCUCAGCAAGGUUGUGCGCUGCUCUUCUGAGCAACAUCUCUGACUGUGAUGAAACAUUCAACUACUGGGAACCAACACACUACCUCAUCUAUGGGAAGGGGUUUCAGACGUGGGAAUACUCCCCAGUGUAUGCCAUUCGCUCGUAUGCGUACCUGUUGCUGCAUGCCUGGCCAGCUGCGUUUCAUGCCCGGAUUCUGCAGACUAAUAAGAUUCUUGUCUUCUACUUUUUGAGAUGUCUCCUGGCUUUUGUGAGCUGUAUUUGUGAACUUUACUUUUAUAAGGCUGUGUGCAAGAAAUUUGGGCUGCAUGUGAGUCGAAUGAUGCUGGCCUUCUUGGUGCUCAGCACUGGCAUGUUUUGUUCAUCGUCUGCAUUCCUUCCUAGCAGCUUCUGCAUGUACACCACACUGAUCGCCAUGACCGGGUGGUAUAUGGACAAGACGCCCAUUGCUGUGCUGGGAGUAGCAGCCGGGGCGAUCCUAGGGUGGCCGUUCAGCGCAGCCCUUGGUUUACCCAUCGCCUUUGAUUCGCUGGCCCUGAAAAACAGGUGGAAGAGUUUCUUCCAUUGGUCACUGGUGGCCCUAAUUCUCUUCCUGGUACCCGUGGUGGUCAUUGACAGCUACUAUUAUGGGAAGUUGGUGAUUGCUCCUCUCAACAUUGUUCUGUAUAAUGUCUUUACCUCUCAUGGGCCUGAUCUUUAUGGUACAGAACCAUGGUAUUUCUACUUAAUCAAUGGUUUUCUGAAUUUCAAUGUUGCCUUUGCUUUGGCGCUUCUGGUCUUGCCACUGACUUUUCUUAUGGAGUACCUGCUGCAGAGAUUCCAUGUUCAGAAUUUAGGACACCCAUAUUGGCUUACCUUGGCACCCAUGUACAUUUGGUUUAUAAUUUUCUUCCUUCAACCUCACAAAGAGGAGCGGUUUCUUUUCCCCGUGUACCCACUUAUAUGUCUCUGUGGUGCCGUUGCUCUUUCUGCACUGCAGAAAUGUUACCACUUUGUGUUUCAACGGUAUCGCCUGGAGCAUUACACUGUGACGUCCAGCUGGCUGGCAUUAGGAACAGUCUUCCUGUUUGGGCUCUUGUCAUUCUCUCGCUCUGUGGCUCUGUUCAGAGGAUAUCAUGGGCCCCUUGAUUUGUAUCCAGAAUUUUACCGAAUUGCCACAGACCCAACUAUCCACACUGUCCCAGAAGGCAGACCUGUGAAUGUUUGUGUAGGAAAAGAAUGGUAUCGGUUUCCCAGUAGCUUCCUUCUGCCUGAUAAUUGGCAGCUUCGGUUCAUUCCAUCCGAGUUCAGAGGUCAGCUACCAAAGCCUUUUGCAGAGGGACCACUGGCCACUCGGACUGUUCCUGCUCACAUGAAUGACCAGAACCAAGAGGAGCCUUCCAGAUACAUUAACAUCAGCAAAUGCCAUUACUUAGUGGAUUUGGAUACCAUGAGAGAAACACCUCGGGAGCCAAACUAUUCAUCCAACAGAGAAGAAUGGAUCAGCCUGGCCCACAGACCGUUCCUGGAUGCAUCUAGGUCUUCAAAGCUGCUUCGGGCAUUCUAUGUCCCGUUCCUGUCGGAUCAAUAUACAGUGUAUGUGAACUACACCAUCCUUAAGCCUCGGAAAACAAAGCAAAGCAGGAAGAGAAGUGGAGGUUAGCAGCACCCCCAUGGCUCCAACGGACAGCCACCAUGUUAACUAGUGGUUCCACUGAGCUGACUUCCAGGUCAUCAUAUAACGCUCGUAAUAAAGGUCGCCUGAUACGAAAGCCA